AUGGAUAUUGAGGUUCUUGAAACUCGGGAAGAGGCCCAGCUAGAACCGAAAAAACAGGUGAGUGUUGAAGAUGAAGAUGUAGAAUUAGAGAGUGUGGGCUCGUUGCUGGACGACGACACCGAAAAGCCAAACGCGGCAGACGUGGCGACGCGAGGGCAAGAGCUUGUUGACGAGAGAACUGAAUACACUGAGGACGGGGAAAGCGAGCUCGAAUAUGAAAGCGACCAUGUAGAGCUAGAAGAAGAAGAAAAAGAGGAAUUGGAGCAGGAGCCCGAGACACAGCCAAUUGAGGAGCCAGAAUUGGGGGUUAAUGAAGAGGAGGACAACGACGAAGAGGAAGAGGAUGAAGAGGGAGAUGAAGAAGUUGGUCUGACAGACGAAGAGCUGGCUGGAGAAGAGGUCCACGAAGACCCCGAACAGGUAGGCACGAUUGAGGAGAACCAGGACGCACCAGAAGAAGAUCCCAGUGAAGUGGUAACGGAGCCAAAUGGGUUGUCAUAUGAGGUGCCUAUUUACAUUGAUUUGGGGACAGAAGUUUACAAACUGGUUCAACCUAGUGUUCCGGAAGAGGCUGACUUCAAAGACCUCACCGUUCUCUUCGGCGAAGAUAUAUUUGAGCUAAGUCUCGAACUGUUUUUCUCUCGUCUCAAAGCCAAGCAUCGGUUCAAAGAGGAACGCGAAUUAAUUCUCAAAUGCAGCAGUCUUGGCGAUCUGACCAUUGAGGAAGACAACAUACACUGUUCUAAGGUGUCCGUUGGCGAUAUCGUGGACCUAUUCAAAGGUCUGCGAUCCCAAUCUGACAACCCGGAUCUUUACAAAUUCAUCCAAUUCGAAGUGGUGACUCGACCACGGUUCAUCAUGCAAUACGAGCGUUUAAAGAGUCAGCUGGAAUCUGGCAAAGGGCUGGAGUCUGUGGAAUGGGAAAGCAGCACCGAUAGUCUGCCGCGCAAGAAAAUAAAAACGGAUGUUACAUAG